AUGAGACCACUUUCACAAGCAACACAGCAAGUGGGACCAAUAUCCAUUGCCCACACACUAUACAAUGCCUUGUCCUCCAUCCUCGUCAAUCCCUCAGCCAUGACAAUAGAGAUUGAGAGCAACGGCGAGCACGAGCCUAAACACAACCACAUGCAACUUUGGGAAGCCGAGGGCAAGGACUCGCAAAGUGCGACGAGCACGGCCAAGCGACGAACGUCUCAGCGUGCAUUCGAGGACGGCGAGGACACCACUGAACAAUCCUACAGAGGGGAUGAAGGUCGUCUUCCAGAAAGUCCAGCCCCACCGCAACACAGCGGGCCGCGAUACCAAACAGGCUACACGCGCGUUCCAUUCGUUCAGCUCCCCGCCUCCAACGAUGAGGGCCCGUGGCAUGAGCACGAGGACAACCUGACAUACUGGUUGUCGUUGUUCUACAACCUGUUAACAAGUGCCAACCUAUCGACCUUCAACUCCAGCCACAGCUUGCAGUCUCCGGCUGACAUUCCCAAUUAUCUUGGCUACUUCACCGUGGUGAUAUCGUUAUGGACGACACAGUUACACUACGACCUUCGGUAUGAGUGCGGCGACACUAUCCAUCGGAUCUUCAAGGGUCUCCAGAUCCUGCUCUUCGUCUACGUUGCCGCGUCAAGUGGCGGGUGGGAUUUGCAAAACCUUGCUCCCCCACCUGAGCCAGAUCUCGCAACCUUCACGGCCACCGACGUUCAGAGUAACAUUAGUCAUGUCGCCGUCCUCGGCCACAAAUGCAAGCGUCGCACCGCUGCCCCGCUCUGGUCGCUGGGCUCCCUUGCCGCAUCCUUUCUGCUCUUCAUCGCCUCAGCCGCGAUUCCGACCCACUCGAGCGCCUACGCCAAGGCCAAGGUUGCCUUACUGUAUGUCGCCAUCGUGUUCGAAUUCGCCAUGAUUGGUGUUCAGUCACUCUUUGGUUCCCAAGUGCCCGCGCGCAAGGGCCACUUGUUGAACGAGUAUGGUUGCCUAUCAAUCACCAUUCUUGGUAUGGGAUUCUCCAACUGCAUCGCGGCAUUCCAGGCCGCUCUCACUGGUAUUGGCUCUGAACACAUCACAUAUGGACAAGUGGAACUCUGCAUCGGCGUCAUCUUCUUCAUCUGGGUGUUCCUCUUUACCAACUACCGGUUGGACCUCGACCUCAACCGCGACACGAGACGGACGUGGGUCUGGGAACUUCUCCAUUUCCCUCUACAUUUCGCCCUCGUCCUUCUCCUCGCCAGCAUCGUGAAUGCUAUCAAGCUGUCGUCCUGGACGCAAUCCCUCGUCAACGCGUACACGCUGUUUGUCAACUCUGCUCUCUCCCUCCUUGAAGGGUCGCCUCUCUCUGACAGCGAGCUGUGGGACGCUGCCAUGCAGCUCGACAAGCUCGACCUGGCGCCAGACUUCACUGAACAAUACCGUUUAAUGGAAGAGUACUUCUUCACCAGUAACGCGUCGAUCACUGUCCGUGACAGCACAAUUUUGCUCGAGAGCUACCAGUACAUUGGCCAGAUCGUGUGGUCAACCUGCUCUAAAUCUUCCGUCGUGAUGAGUGACGAUGCCAUAACACUCCUUCGUCAGCUACUGGUUAUGGGCCGUGAUGGUAGCCCGGUCACCCCAUCCAUGGCCGCCAGAGGUGAGGAGCUCGCUUAUCAGAUGGUCACCGUCGUCCUGGAAGACAUCUUCUCUGGUAUCCUGUGGAUGUACCCUGCUGCUGGUUUCGUGCUAAUCUUCUGUUCCCUGCGGUCUGUCGGACGGACCCCGGUCAGCGGGGCGGCAGGCUACGCCAUCCAUGGGUUCCAGAUAGCUGCUGGGGCCACACUUUGCCUCCUUACGCUCCUCGGCCUUGGAGGGCGGGACGUGUCGUUCAAGGUCGGCGACGACCCCUUGCGCGGCGAGUUGCAAUUCAGCAACAAGAUGUACCCACUCGCCGCCAAGGACCUGUCCGUCGCGGUGGUGUUUAUCGUGUAUGCUGUGGUGAUAAUUGGCAGCUUCGUUGCCAUUGAGCUUGCCUGGCGGCGGGAGCAGAGGAAGCAGAGGAGGAACAGGGUUACUAGGCGAUAG